AAUCAGGUGGAGGCAACUUCCGGUGUCAGGUUCGGUUGGCCGGCAGGUUGUUAGGGGAGUUUCCAACCGGGGCCUAAAUGUUGAGUGGAGCCAGCAACAUGGAGGUUAACGAGGGUGAAAGGAAUUUCACUUGAAAUUCGUCUUCCCCAUCCUGUCAUGGUUAAACCUGGGACAAGGAGGUGUUCUGAAGAGGUGGGAGGAAGAACAUUUUCUUUGACAUAAAGAAAUUGCUGGUUUGAAUGCACCCGUGCAAGCCCGAAUUUGUUGUGCUAAGAUUACAACUUAUUCUAAAGAUCUGGACUGUGCCCUUAAGGGCAAAUCAUAAAGUCAGCAAGAUUGUUAAUAGCAAUGAUACCGAGGCUGGAAUUAGUACUAUGGGAAGUUUAGAUAGCUGUCUCUUGCUGCCUCUUUUAAAACGAUGACUAAUAUCCGUGAUGAAAGGUCAACCAGGUUGUCAUGACAACCCCCACCUCUUUUGAGGGGGAUCACUUGACUCCUACAUUCUUUGUUGGAUGCGAGGAGGAUGAAAUUGAUGAUCUGGAAUCAAACAUGAAGGCAGAAGACCUUGACCUUUACGACGAUGAAAAUGAUUCAGACUCGCCUCCUGAACGCCAAAUCCUCGUGGGGAUUUGUGCAAUGGCGAAGAAGUCAAAGUCAAAGCCAAUGACACAGAUCCUAGAACGUCUGUGUAAAUUUGAGUAUAUCAGUGUGGUGAUAUUUAAUGAAGAUGUCAUCCUGAAUGAGCCUGUGGAGAACUGGCCAGUGUGUGACUGUCUGAUCUCUUUCCAUUCUAAAGGUUUUCCUUUGGAUAAAGCAGUGGCUUAUGCUAAACUCAGGAAUCCAGUUCUUAUCAAUGAUUUGAAUAUGCAAUAUUAUAUCCAAGACAGGAGAGAAGUUUAUCGGAUUUUACAACAAGAAGGGAUAGAUCUUCCCCGUUAUGCAGUGUUGAAUCGUGAUCCAGACCGGCCUGACGAAUGCAGUCUGGUGGAAGGUGAUGAUCACGUGGAAGUAAAUGGUGAAAUCUUCCAAAAACCCUUUGUUGAGAAACCCGUGAGUGCAGAAGACCAUAAUGUGUAUAUUUACUACCCUGUGUCAGCAGGGGGAGGCAGCCAGAGGUUGUUCCGUAAGAUUGGAAGUCGGAGUAGUGUUUACUCCCCUGAAAGCACCGUGCGUAAAACUGGGUCUUACAUCUAUGAAGAGUUCAUGCCAACAGAUGGAACGGAUGUAAAGGUUUACACUGUUGGUCCUGACUAUGCACAUGCAGAGGCACGCAAAUCACCAGCUCUGGAUGGGAAAGUAGAACGGGACAGUGAAGGAAAAGAGAUACGUUAUCCUGUGAUGUUAACUGCCAUGGAAAAAUUGGUUGCUAGGAAAGUCUGCGUAGCUUUUAAGCAAACGGUUUGUGGUUUUGAUCUGCUGCGUGCAAAUGGGCAUUCUUAUGUUUGUGACGUCAAUGGAUUCAGCUUUGUGAAAAACUCCAUGAAAUAUUAUGAUGACUGUGCAAAAAUCCUAGGUAAUAUAAUUAUGCGAGAGCUCGCUCCUCAGUUGCACAUUCCAUGGUCCAUACCCACAGAAGCUGAAGAUAUUCCCAUUGUUCCAACUACUUCAGGAACUAUGAUGGAAUUGCGCUGUGUUAUUGCAAUCAUUCGACACGGUGACCGAACCCCAAAACAAAAGAUGAAGAUGGAAGUAAUGCAUCCAAAGAUGUCAUUCCGCACCAGUUGCAGUUUUGAAGGAUGUUCAAUGGUUCCUUCGAUCUAUCCUUUGGAAACGCUGCAUAAUUCUCUGUCCCUGAAACAAGUGAAUGAAUUCCUUACAUCCGUAUCUGAAAUUUGUGGAAAAUCUCACGAUGGAACAUCAAAAGAACUUUCAGCGAUGUUUGAGACUAUGGGGAAUAGCCAGCCCACAGUAGAUGAGUAUAUUCCUCAACAAGUCUUGCCCUCCACAGUUACCUCCCUUUCAUCACGUCCUCGCUCAGAAAACCCUCCAUGGUAUAGCAGUGGUCCUUCGAGCACUGUGUCCAGUGCUGGUCCUUCAUCUCCCAACACCUCCGACAACUCUCCCCGGUUUAGUUUUAGUGAUAAAUCAUCACUGACACCCCAGAGCAGCGAAGAGCAGCAGCAAUCUGUCCAGCCAGCAAAUCCCAACCAACAUCCCAGCUGCAAUCACAAGGACCUACAGCUGAUGCCAACUCUUCACAACAGCCAGGGGCAGCAAGUCAUUUCAAGGUCAACAGCUGCACCAGAAUCAUAUGACAUGUCGGCCAAAUCAGUUCAAAUUCCACUAUCUGCCAUUGGUAGGAUUCAAAUCUGGUUGCUCAGCACAUUACCUGGCACUCUGGCUUACGAGUCCAGUGACAGUACUACUAAGCCAUCACCUCCAGUAUGUUUCUAAGUAAAUGGUAAUCUCUUUUAAACAGUCUGCAUAGGCAUGAUGGACCAAAUGGCCUCCUGCUCUAUAAGACUUCGUGAGGUGGGGUACAUGUCAAUUGCUACGAAGCUGGGGGUAGCUAGAGAUGUGCAAUAAAUGCCUUCUGUGUCCUGAGACUAAAUUCACACACAAGGUGCAAUAUUGUGUGAUGGACCUCUUGCAGGCCAUUCUUUAUGAUGUCCCUUUUUCUGGCACUAAACCAGUGAUCCCAUGUGUGAAUCUUAAGGUACUCUUUUCAGUUCUAGCCACAGUCUGAAAGGGCUGCUUGUGGACAGGGCACAAAAUAUUUUAACUGCAAACAUCACAUGUUAUUGAAGCCCUGUUUCUCAUGUACUACCACAGAGUAGUUCAAUAAGAAUUUUAAAAAGAGUCUUUCAUGCUCACAAUUUUCGCUCCAGGCAAAGAAUGACCCUGUGUCAGCCCUUCACAAAAGGACGAUAUGUUCUGCAUCCAGGUAGAUGAUAUAAAAUCUGAGUGGGUACUAUAGCACUCCUCUAAAACUGCUAGUUGGUUAAAUGCAUGAUGUUUGUGUGUUUUCGCAAUCUCAAAGUUAUAUUGCUUUGAAUUUUUAAUACAGUUUACCUUUGGUUUUGUGAUGAGCUAAUUGAUCCAAACCAGUUGGGAACUUGGGAAGAAACAAGCUGGCCCUUAAAGCUCUUGGGCAAAGGAGGAUUCCUAUUUCUCAUCAUUGUUGCAGUGAUGCUGGGUCAUAAAAACACGUCUGUAAUAAAGAAGCAAGGUUCCUUAUGAUGCUGGCCCUCCCCUGAUUAUAAAGUUCUCAGAUACACACUGCUUGAGAGUACACAGGAGUCAUCUCUGAAGACGAAUCCGUGCUUUGGCCAAAGGAGAUUAGGGAUUUAUUUUUAAAUCCUAUUUCAAUUAAAGACUGAAUUAUGGUUUUUGAGGCUGGGUAAAAUUUGGUCAAAGAUUAUACUCCACUUGGGUACCGUGAAAUUGAGUGUGCAAAAUAUAAUUGUAAUGUUUUGGUGUCUAUGUAGAACCACUCUUGUUCUUUCAUCAACACACUGCUGUUUCCAAAUGGUGUACUGAGUUAAUGUAGACACUGUUUGCUACAUAAUUGGAUGGGUAGACAUGAUAGAAAAAGGAAGUUAAGUUAAAAGUUACAUGCAAUUAUGUUUUUAUUCACUCAUGGAUGAUGGUGUCACUAGCUAGGCCAGCAAUUAUUUCCCAUCUCUUAAUUGGCCUGCAGAAGAUGGUGAUAAGCUGCCACCUUAAACCAUAACAAUCAUCGGGGUGCAGGAACACCAAUAGCGCAGUUAAGGGAGAUUUUGGGAUGCUACAAAUGAUCCCAAGGUGCGUAGGAGAUAGGCAUAGGCUUCCUGCACCUUUUGCUUUUAUUAAAUCUGGAAUUUUACCAAUACUUCUGUUUGUCUUUCUCUUUCAAUUCAUUAAAAAAAUUAACAUUCAAGUAAAAACAGGAAAAUCAGAAGAUUGUGAAAGUUAAAACCCUGCUUCUCCAGUUCUGUUGAGUGAGGGAAUCAGGAAGAAUUAGUUAAAACUUGAUACCUGACUGAGCCAGGAUAGGGCGCCACAGUUUGGCAAUACAGUCAGAGAGAGGGACGAUGAAGUGGCAAUAUGAGGCUCUGCUGCUGGAAAAACCUAUCAACACACAGGCACUGAGUAGAAUUGAAGCUACAGUGUCACAGCUGUAAUUCUAAUUCACAUCAUCAUCCAAACUGGCUCUGGAUCAAAAUCAGGUCAGCAUAGAAAGAGGAGGCUUGUGCGUAGUAUAAGUACUGGCAUAGAUCAGUUGUGCCAGACAGCUUGUUUCUGUGCUAUAAAGUUCUGUGUAACUAGUGCAAAAUUUCUCAGUCUCCGUUCUAAUCUGUCUGUUGUUUCAUUAUUUCCCGCAUCUUCAUUUUCAGAAGUUUCAUCACUGUUACCAAGAUCAGUACAUAUUGGCACUGUUUAAUUGAUUUUACUGUAAAUCAAAGAACUUUGCACUGUAGAGUAGUAACACUGGCUAUAAUGACACUUGCGCGAGGUUAAAAACUAUUUUUAUUUUUGUGACUUGUGCAAUUUUAUUGUAAACUUUCAGAAUGGUUUUAUUGUUCCAGUAAAAUAACGCCCAUAUAGAAAUAAAGCUUUUUACAAGUGAAAAGUUGCAGAACUGAACUCUUGAGAGAUCUCAACGUGGCAUUUUUCUUCUACAAAUUGUAGCAAUUGAACACAGAAGGAAACCAUUUGGCCAGUUCAACACACACUCACGAUUCUAGAGAAUCUGGAAUUCCACUCACCUUUUCUGUUAUAUCCCUGUAUCUUCCUCUGCUUUCUGAACCAUAAGCUCUGGAGUUCCCUUCAUAAACAUCUACCCUCUCCUCUUGGACCAAGUUUUUGGUCACCUGACUUAGUAUGACCUAAUAUGUCAGAUUUUAUUCACCAAUACUACUUUGAAGCAUUUUGGAAUAUUUGACUACGUUAAAGGAGCUAGAUAAAUGCAAGUUGUUAUUGCUUCAGAUACUUACCCAUCUUUGCCUCAAAGGAUUUAGUGUCCUCUGCUUCAGCCAUUCCCUGUAAUAGGAAGUCCCACGCUCCAAAACCCCUCUAUUUCUCCUAACCUUUCAUCAGUUUCUCACCGUUAAACUUUUUGUUCAAAUUGAAAACUUGUCAUAGAAAUGUACAGCAUGGAAGCAGAUCCUUCAAUCCAGGCUGACCAGAUAUCCUAAAUUGAUCUAAUCCCAUUUUCCAGAACUUGGCCCCAUAUCCCUCUAAACCCUUACCAUUCACGUACCCUUUCAAUUGCCUUUUAAAUCUAGUAAUUGUAUCAGCUUCCACCACUUCCUCUGGCACUGUUUCACACGUGCACCACCCUCUGUGUGAUAAAGUUGCCCCUUUGGUCCCUUUUAAAUCUUUCCCCUCUCACCCUAAAUCUAUGCCCCUCUAGUUUUUGUCAUUUGAAAGAACUCAUAUUGACGGAGCUGAUGAGGGUGUCACUAAAUUAUUUCAACAAAGCAGACAUCAACAUUGUAAUGAGUAAUCAUAAACCGAUAAAAGAUGGAUAUGAGGACAGACUUUGCCCUGUUUAUUAAAUUACUGCAUUACACCGUCUUUCUUGAUUUGCUUUGGGCUGCUUUCACUUUUUAACACCUGAUGCCUAAUCUAACGUAAAACUGGUGUGUAUGUAUGGUGAUUAAUGAGGGCUUUGAAUGCAUCUAUUACGUCUUUCUGGAAACAGUUGAGGAAAGAUUGCUAUGAAACAUGCAUACUCAUUUCAUCUCAAACCCUUGUUGCCUGAGGGUGUGGAGAGAUUUGUUGUAAAUGAGAUUAUUCUUAGAAUAGACGUACACUAUAUCUUAAAAUUACUUAUUAAUGGAGUAAUUUCCAAAAAGGCUUUCUCAAAUAAAGGCUGCGGCCACGGGGCAAGGUGUCUUUCCAGUGGAUUCUGUAUGAAAUGUAUUAUAUUGUGGUUUUAAUUACCGGUCUGUUGAGGAAACUAAAGAGAGAGUCCUGUUUUUUUAAAAAAAGUAAAAGCAAAAUACAGUGAAUACUGAAAAAAUUGAAAUGAGAACAAAAAUUGUUUAGCAAGUCAGCAUCCAAGUUUAGCUCUGGAGUUAAUAAAUUGGCUCUGAUGAGGGGUCACUGGCCUCUGUUUGUAUCCCCACAGAUGCUGUCUGACCUGACUGCUUUUCAGUAUUUUUUUGCUCGUCUUUUGGAACGGUCUGACUGUUCUGCACAUGGAAUACUAAAGGAAAGGCGAGCAAAUUCCUGAAAUCUAUAGCUGGAGUGUCUGGGCAACACAAUGACAUUUGCCUGGUCACAAAACAUUUGCACUUGGCUUGCAGAAAAUGCCAGAAUACGCGGGCAUUCAUCAGGGAUAGAAAAGCAGGUUAGCAUUUCAAGUGGAGACCUUGUGUUGGUGCGUCUAGUGAAAAUCACUCCUGAUUUGCUUCUGAAUUUCUUUUUCAGAUCCUGGCAUUGUUUAUUAGUUUUUGGGAUGUGACAGUAGUUGGCUAAUUGCCUGUCCAUAAUUGCCCUGAGAAAGGCGCUGGUCGUGUGUGCUGCUGCAAUCUUUGUGGUGUAGGGACACCCAUAGUGCUGUCAGGGAGAGGGCUUCAGACUUUUAGACUAGAUAGCAGAAGACGGGUAGUGAGAUAGCGCCAAAUCAGGAUGGUUUGUGUCUUGGAGGGUAACUUGCAGAUAAUGAUGUUACGAUGCACCUGCUGCCUGCAAUCUUGAUUGUAGAGGCAGUGGAUUUGAAAGGUCUUGUCAAAUCGACCUUGGUGAAUUGCGACAGUACAUCUUCUGGACGAUGAACCCUGAAUCCAUGAUGUGCUGGUGGUGAAUGGAGGGCAUAAGGUGGGGAAAUGGGAUGCUGAUGUUGUUAAGCUCCUUGAGUAUUGGUGUAGCUGCACUCAUCCAGCCAAGAGUGGAGUUUUCCCAAUUUGUGCUUCCUUGUGGACUGGUGCUUCCAGUAUUUGUCUCCAGUAUGUACAGUUGUUCCAGAAUUACUCCAGCAGGGAUUAUUACUUUGGAUUCAUUACCCUUACAAAACUUGCCUGCCAAAAUGUAUCAACCUUAGCUUUGAAAGGUUGAUUUGACCCCUCAAUGCAACACCUCUUUGAGAUGAGAGUUGCAGGUUUUCACUGCCCUUUGUGUGAAGACUCACUUCCUGAUGUUACUUACAUUUUUAAAAAAUAAUGUAUAUGUAGAAGGAUUAAUUUUCUACUGUCAACCUCCUGCACUUAAUAAUGUAGUAAAACAUCCCAAAUUUUUCACAGCACAGUUAUUGACAACAUUUGGCACUGAACCUCAUAAGAUGAAUUUAGGACAGAUUGUUAAAAUGACUUUGGUUUGAAAGAGUAUCUUAAAGAAUGAAUUGGGGUCCAAAGGAUUAGGGAGUGUAUCCCAGAGCUUGAGGCCCAGGGAGCUGAAGAUAUGGCUGUGAGCAGUGGAGUGACAGAAACCUGGGAUCGUCCAGAGGCUGGAAUUAGAUGAGAGCAGAUAUCUUGCAAAGCUACAGAGCCAGAGGGCAUUAUGGAGAAACAAGAAAACAAAGAAGAGGAUUUAGAAUCAAGGUGCAAUUCAACUGUCAAACAUAUAGAGUGAUGAAAUGAAUGAGAUAGUUGGGAUAUGGGCAGCAGAAUUUCAGAUGAUCUUAGGUUUCUGUUUGAUUGAACAGAGAAAGAUGGCCGGGAGUAUGUGGCUGUUGUAGAGUUGAGCUAUAACUGAGGCAUUCUUGAGGAGAAUGGGUGUGAUAGGGGCAUCUUUGUGAUUUAAGGAAAAAUUGAAGAACAAAAGCCAUCUAGUAGUCCCAAGCAGCCCAUCUGUUUUGAUCAAUCUCAAUUGUUUUGAUCAAUCUCAAUCCUACCUGAACAACUCCACACCGCACAUUCCCAUCCCUUUAGUCAACUGUAGGACCAUCCAAUUGUUUCCUGAGCAUGUAGCUAUUGCCCAUUUUGUUGUGAAUUAAUUCUACAAUUCUGACCUUUUGGAUGAAAGUGCUUCACGUGGCCCGACUUCCUGUUUCUCUCUGGAGUUGCAUUCCCUCGCAGUUCGAUCUGCUGCAAAUUGAGUGAGGAAAUUUGAAAUUUCUUUCCUGAAACCAGUUUGACACACACUGUCAGUGAGUUACAUUUAUCACCUAGGCAGAAAUUGCACUGUUUGCUGAUAUUAAACAAAAAAUUAUUUACACAUUCUGUACAUGUUUUUAAGGAAAAUUCCAGAACAAUAUAUUUGACUUAGAUAAAUUUGUGUAACUGAAUCAAUUUUUAGUUUACUGUUGAAGGCACGAGACUAAGCAAGGAAGUGUAUCUUAGAAUGAUGAGCAGUGAAGCAAGUCAAGUGAUGGCAGCCAUCAAGAUGUGUAUAUUCAGUGAGUAUCUCAUCUGUCUUUGGUUAAUUGUUACUUGAAGUGAGCCUGCUCAGCUUGCUAGAAUGAUAUCUUGGUGUACUGUUGUGAGCUUAUGGGUCAUUGCAAUUGGCAGCUGAAUGCAAACAAAGCAUAUCAAAGCGGCAGCCCUCCAGAAGGUUAAGCAAACGUCUGCUUUCAGCUCUGGGACCUCCUCCCCCACCCGCCCAAUCUUGUUGAUACUCCACAUAGACAUGAUUUGUUCUAAAGUGAGUUAUUGCAACUUGUUUUUGUAUGAAACAGGUUUCCAAAAUCCUUUUGCUGCCAAAAACUUUGUGUGUGACUGCCAGAGGGUUUUGACAUUAAAUUGUUUUCAAGCUGAUUUUAUGGACAGCGCAAUAAGAAUCUGAUCUUGAGCUUCUGUUUGCAGCUGUAGCUCAGAGAAAAUGGUCAGAUUUGGAGAGGGUAGGGGGUAUGAUGAACCAUUCUGUUUCUUUUGUCAUCCUUCCAAUAUACUCAACUGUGGAUAAUAGAUUAGCUUGUUGCUGGGAAAUCACCACAAUUGUUUGUCUUAGUCUCGCGUUUGUAAUUCAUUUUCUAUGGCAAAACUUGUUGAGAUCAUUACACUGGUGAAUACAGUUAAUUUUUUUUUCUAAAAAAAGGCAAUGAAAGACUUUCUAUCAUACAUAUGAUUUGGGCUGUGGAGAAAUGAUGUGAAAUGUUCAUGGAAUCAUGCUGUGUUAACUUAUUAAAAUAGUUCCCAUUUGUGUGGUUUUUAAAUUAUUUCAUUAAUAAAGCUUAACAAAUGUAA